AUGGCCUACAGCCCCUUUGAUGUUUCAUCUUUGCCCGACCUGGCAGACAACAUCAACCUGGAAGAGGAGUUGGAAAAGAUGAAUGAAAAGAUCACUGGGCUCGAAGAUGUCGAAUUGAAUGGAAAUCGGGGGACGAUCGCAGGAAACGUGGAGACGUCAGACAAGCACAACGAAUCCGAUGCCUCUGUUCUCGAUUUGAGCCUCGAUUCCAUCAUCGAACGAGUAGAGAGCCAGCACGUCACCCUCGAGCACGCCAGCGAAGCCCCCACGCCAUCAACGGGGACGCAGGGCAAGAAGCGAGGCCACACCGAGACCUCAUCGGACCCGACAGGCGAAGGUGAGGAGAUCGAUGUCGAUGGCGACGAGUCCGCCGAGAGAGCUGGGAAGCGACGUAGAAUCGAUACGGCAGGCAAAAGUGCCGAGGCCUCGCAUGAAAAGGCGGCAGCUGCUGCGUCCGACGUAGCGGCCACGCUCUCGGCAGAGGAGGCCUCGACUACGUCGUCGUCAUCAUCAACGGCGCCAACAGCGGUGGAAGAAGAGCUCGAGCUGAGCUGGAGCUGGGGAGACGGUGUAGAGGAGGAAGAAACGGACACCAGCCUGGCCCCUCCCAAGAAGGUCAGCCCUCUGAUGGGCGAGAUCGUAGUGGUGGAGGACGUGGAGCUGAAGGAGGGCGAAGAGAAGCUGGCCAAGGAAUUGAACGGCAGCCUGAGCAGAGAGAACCCGUUCGAGCUGCCCAUCAUCAUCCGCCAGAGGCGAGUGGCCAGACUGAGGCAACGAGCCGAGGUGCACCGGCACAAGAUCAAGCAAAUACUGGCCAGCUGGGAUGUCGCCUCGCUCAAGCGACCAUGA